GGCCUUUCGGAAAACGAGGGAAUAGUGCGCGCUGCGCUCCGCCCAGCUCCGUUCCGCUCCGCAGAGCCGGCGCGGCCGGGGCGCGGGGAGGGCGACACUCGGCGCUGGCGCCUGCAGCCCCCACGCGCUCCCUCCGCCACGGAACCUGGGUCCCAGGGCUGCUCCCCAGAGAGGCUCGAGCGCGCCGCGGGCGGGAUCUGAGUCGGAACCGGCGGCGAGGGAGGGAGCGAGGAGCGAGCAGAGUCGCGUGCGCGGACGCGCGGCUCCGGGUCCCCUCCCAGCCCCGGCCGGUGCCCGCCGCCGCCAGACUCGGGUUGCCCGCGGGAGGGGCUGUGAGCCGGCGACCCGUCGGGGACCGCAGCUGCUCGGCCGGAGUGCAGGGGGUCGAGUCCGCGCGACGGCUCACGCGGGACAGGUCCCUGGAUGAGAAGGAGCUGACAGCAACUGAGCCCCACCUUCUCUGAGUGCCGGGGAGCGGGGCUGCGUGGCCCAGGCGUCACCAAUGCCUAAGAACAGCAAGGUGACCCAGCGUGAGCACAGCAGUGAGCAUGUCACGGAGUCGGUGGCCGACCUGCUGGCCCUCGAGGAGCCCGUGGACUACAAGCAGAGCAUCCUGAAUGUGGCAGGUGAGGCUGGCGGCAAGCAGAAGGCGGCAGAGGAGGAGCUGGACGCGGAGGACCGGCCGGCCUGGAACAGCAAGCUGCAGUACAUCCUGGCCCAGAUCGGCUUCUCCGUGGGCCUGGGCAACAUCUGGAGGUUCCCCUACCUGUGCCAGAAAAAUGGAGGCGGUGCCUACCUGGUGCCCUACCUCGUGCUACUGAUCAUCAUCGGGAUCCCACUCUUCUUCCUGGAGCUGGCUGUGGGCCAGAGGAUCCGCCGUGGCAGCAUUGGUGUGUGGCACUACGUGUGCCCCCGCUUGGGGGGCAUCGGCUUCUCCAGCUGCAUAGUCUGCCUGUUUGUUGGGCUAUAUUAUAAUGUGAUCAUCGGCUGGAGCAUUUUCUACUUCUUCAAGUCCUUCCAGUACCCACUGCCCUGGAGCGAAUGUCCUGUCACCAGGAAUGGGACUGUGGCAGUGGUGGAGGCAGAGUGUGAAAAGAGCUCAGCCACCACCUACUUCUGGUACCGAGAGGCCUUGGACAUCUCCAACUCCAUCUCGGAGAGCGGAGGCCUCAACUGGAAGAUGACCCUGUGCCUCCUGGUGGCCUGGAGCAUCGUGGGCAUGGCCGUGGUCAAGGGCAUCCAGUCCUCUGGGAAGGUGAUGUAUUUCAGCUCCCUCUUCCCCUAUGUGGUGCUGGCCUGCUUCCUGGUCCGGGGGCUGCUGCUGCGAGGGGCCGUCGAUGGCAUCCUACACAUGUUCACCCCCAAGCUGGACAAGAUGCUGGACCCCCAGGUGUGGCGGGAGGCAGCCACACAGGUCUUCUUCGCCCUGGGGCUAGGCUUCGGGGGUGUCAUCGCCUUCUCCAGCUACAACAAGCAAGAUAACAACUGUCACUUCGAUGCUGCACUGGUGUCCUUCAUUAAUUUCUUCACCUCGGUGCUGGCCACCCUCGUGGUGUUUGCUGUGCUGGGCUUCAAGGCCAACAUCAUGAACGAGAAGUGUGUGGUCGAGAAUGCCGAGAAAAUCCUGGGGUACCUCCACACCAAUGUCCUGAGCCGGGACCUCAUCCCUCCACACGUCAACUUCUCGCACCUGACUGCCAAGGACUACACGGAGAUGUACAAAGUCAUCAUGGCCGUGAAGGAGGACCACUUCUCAGCUCUGGGCCUCGACCCCUGCCUCCUGGAGGACGAGCUGGACAAGUCCGUGCAGGGCACAGGGCUGGCCUUCAUCGCCUUCACUGAGGCCAUGACGCACUUCCCGGCCUCCCCGUUCUGGUCUGUCAUGUUCUUCCUGAUGCUCAUCAACCUGGGUCUGGGCAGCAUGAUUGGGACCAUGGCCGGCAUCACCACGCCCAUCAUCGACACCUUCAAGGUGCCCAAGGAGAUGUUCACAGUGGGCUGCUGUGUCUUUGCAUUCUUCGUGGGGCUAUUGUUCGUCCAGCGCUCCGGAAACUACUUUGUCACCAUGUUUGAUGACUACUCUGCCACCCUGCCGCUCACCGUCAUCGUCAUCCUUGAGAACAUUGCUGUGGCCUGGAUCUAUGGAACCAAGAAGUUCAUGCAGGAGCUGACAGAGAUGCUGGGCUUCCGGCCCUAUCGCUUCUAUUUCUACAUGUGGAAGUUCGUGUCUCCACUGUGUAUGGCUGUGCUCACCACGGCGAGCAUCAUCCAGCUGGGGGUCACGCCCCCCGGGUACAGCGCCUGGAUCAAGGAGGAGGCUGCGGAGCGCUACCUGUACUUCCCUAACUGGGCCAUGGCGCUCCUGAUCACCCUCAUCGUCGUGGCGACCUUGCCCAUCCCCGUGGUGUUCAUCCUCCGGCACUUCCACCUGCUCUCUGAUGGCUCCAACACCCUCUCCGUGUCCUACAAGAAGGGCCGCAUGAUGAAGGACAUCUCCAACCUGGAGGAGAACGAUGAGACCCGCUUCAUCCUCAGCAAGGUGCCCAGCGAGGCGCCCUCCCCCAUGCCCACUCACCGCUCCUACCUGGGGCCCGGCAGCACGUCGCCCCUGGAGACCAGCGGCAACCCCAAUGGACGCUAUGGGAGCAGCUACCUCCUGGCCAGCACCCCCGAGUCGGAGCUGUGACCACUGCCCCACCCUGCCCUGCCCACCUCUCCCCCCACACCCAUCCAGCCUGCUCGUCCCGGCCUGGCCUCGCUUCCUAGGCCAGGCCCUCUGCCCACGGAGAGGGGGGGUGCCCUCCCUCAUCCCCCACCCCAGUCCCGGCCAGCUCCUCCCUAGACCUGAGCAGGGGCCGGGAGAAACUCUGUCCCCAGUGCAGGCUCCCAGCCCAUCUCACCUCCUGAGACCCGCUCACCAAAUCGCAGCUGAUUAACGAGAACAAUCCAGAAGUCCGGAUUCCCAGCACAGUGGAGACUGCAAGUGGCCACUGUAGGGGUCACUCUCCCUACCCGCUCCCUGUAACCUGGUACCUGUCGUUCUUAGGUCCUGGGCAUCCCUCCGUGCCGCCAGGUGGUGGUGAGAGGCUCGGUGUCGGGUAGGACAGGGUGUGGGGCAGCCCGGAGGCUGAUGAAUUCAAGGUCGGGGACGGGACGAUUGUGUCAGGACUCAGGGCUCAGACUUGGGACAGAAUCUUGUGGAAGUCCCCAGGUUCUGUUUUGGGAGGCAGAUAGCGCUCUCUGGCUCGAGUGCAAGCCUCCGCAGCAGAAGGGGGGCUGGGCACGGGGGCCCUUGGCCUGCAGCACAAUUCAGAUGGUUUAGAGCACAAUUGCGAAGCACACUCCCUCUCUCACGCGGGGGCCCAACUUUCUCACUAGCGGCAGCUUCUCCCCUGGAAUGGGGGUCCCUGGAGUUCAGGGGCUCGUACCCAGCAAACCUCAUCCCUAGGGAAAGACGGAAACUUCACUGCCCCUUUGGGCUGCCACUCACUCUCCUUGUUCGAGCACAGCCAGCGCCGUGUGCAUGUCAUGUGUAAAUAUCUCGGGACCCUUCCCCAAGCCGCCCGGCCCAUGACAGGGAGUGCACAGGCAGUGCUGUGGGCACCGGGGUUGCCCAGGAGAAGGGCCGGGUCUCUGUCCUGGGGCCCAGCCCCUGCCACAUCCCCACCCACCCCUACCUGAGGCCUCCCCCGGAAGAGGGCUGCCCUCGGAGUGCAGGCUGGGAGGACUGGAGUCCGGCUGGAGAAUAAUGUCUGCAGAGCACUGGAUGGGCUCGCGGAAGGAUGGUCGCGUGGAUGCACGGGCAUGGAUGGAUGGAAGGCAGGCAGCCUGGCGGGGAUGGCGGAACUCCAAUUGUGAGAGCUGAGGUACACGGGAUAGCAGCGGGCCACAGUGCUAGGCCCGGGCACCUUCACGCAACGUCCCGAGUCACUCCCGUGUUCUCAGCGCUGGGAGGGACAGGCCACGCCCGGGGUUCCCUCCUUCAUCCCCUAGCCCCAUGGUCCCCCCCACCAACUCGCCAGGGGGCCCCUCCCCCCGCAUCUGCUCCCAUUUCCAGCCCUCUGGCCACACCUGUCCUUUCUCAGUGUGAGGAGGGGAAGGAGACCCACAUGUCCCCGAAGACAUGAGCUUUUGGGGCACAGCAUCCCGCCUCAGGCACCUCACCAACACCUCCUACCUGGCCCCAUGCCUAAUCCCAGCAGACUUAGCAACAGGAAAAGCAAGGCCCCAGGAGAGACACUCUACUAUAUAUACUCUUCUAUAUAUUCUAUUUCUAUUGUAUAUUCAAUCUGUACAUGUGGGUGUAAAUGCUGUUAAAUGACAAACCCAAUAUUAUACUGUGGCUGGUGGACUAUUUUCAUCCUCA